CAUUGCGAACGGUCACACUGCUUGGCGGCUUCGAGUUUGCACGAACAAUUCAACAUAAAUUUAGAUUAAUACAGUGUAAACAUGCAGCAUGAGCCCGAAGAUCAGACUUUUCAACUCCAAGCACUGGAGAUCUGUGAGCCGGAUAGCAGUUUUGACCCCCAGAAGCCGCCGGAGUCCGGCGAAGAGUACCUAAUGCACAUGUUCUACGAGAGGAAGCGAUGUCCAGCUGUGGUGACCAAAAGACCAUCCAAAAUCAGGAAUAACACGGGAAAUACCACACUUGAGAUGUUGGAUAAUCCCGAGUUGCCUCCGUUCAAGUGCCUGCUGCCCACUCCCGAAUGGCGGAGUGAGCAAGUUAAAUCCUUCCAAGCAGCCCGCUCCCAGGUCCUAGUCCUUCGUAAAGAGCUGGCCAACAACAACUACGACCAGUCCGGGGAACCGCCUUUGUCUUCGGACCAGGAGAAAUGGAAGGAAUUCUGCCGGAAUCAGCAGCCUCUCCUGAGCACCUUGCUCCAUUUGACCCAAAACGACUUGGAGAUCUUGCUGGAAAUGCUCAGCAAGUGGCUGCAGGAUCCCAACACCACGGCGGACCUUCUCCAAGAUGUCUGGCUAGCUCGCUGGCUGUAUGCCACCUUGGUCUGCCUCCACCUUCCACUGGAACCCCACGUGUUCAGCACCCUUCGAUACAUUGCCCGAACCUGCAUCCAUCUGAGAAAUCAACUAAAGGAGGAUGAAGUGCAGCGGGCAGCCCCCUACAAUCUUCUACUAACGCUCACCGUUCAGGUUUUCGCACAGAAUGAUUUCAAGGAUUACAUAUAGGUAUCAUAGGCAUAGGUAGGUAUCGGUAUAUUCCCAGUUUAGAAACCCCUAAUAUAAGCGCAAAUUCGACUAUUUUGUUAACUAAAAAGCCCAGAAGCUAAGCUAAUAAUUGUGUUUAUAUAAUUACUCUACGUUUAGAUACUACUUUUAAAUUUCAAAAU